AUGAUACUUGAGACCGUUGAGAUCAUCCCUCGAGCCUAUAUCGUAAUUGAUGCUCUGGAUGAGUGCGAAGAAUCGAGGUGCCGAAGACCGUUCGUCCAGUUUAUCUCUCGCCUUUCGCAGGCUCAUGCUGUCCGUCUGUUCGUGACCAGCCGUCAGUGUUACUACGACAUUAGCACAUUUUUCUCUACCUACCCACAGAUCGAAAUCCAGGCCCACGACCACGAUCUCAGGCGAUAUAUGUAUCAAGAGCUUGAUCAUGCCGCUAUAGACGAUAUCGUCGAUAAAGAUUUCGCCUCGAAGAUAGUUGAGACGUUGCUCAAUAAGGCACAAGGAAUGUUUCUGCUUCCGAUCCUGCAACUAAGAACCAUUCUGAACGAGCCAACCGCAGGCGACAUGGAGGAUUCAUUGACUUCCCUAUCUCACAACCUCUCAGGAGCAUUCGAAGAAACUAUUACCCGCAUCCAAAGUCUUCCAGAGAGACGAAAGUUACUAGGAAUGAGGACUCUCAUGUGGAUAUGCCACGCAAAGUGUCCAAUAAAGGUCACUGAUCUAAGCGACGCAGCAUCCGUGAAACUCAACCAAACGACAAGAGCACCAUCAUUCGUUUUGCCCAUUACGCGGUCCAGGUUUGAUCGAACACACAAACACAUUGUUCUCUCGCGCAGAGGCAAGUCUCGCGGAGACCUGUCUCACUUAUCUGCUUUUCGAUACCUUCAAGCAAGGUCCAUGCCUAGACGAAGAGCGCUUAAAUUUCGUAUUGAAUCUAGCACAUUCUUGACGUAUGCCGCGAGGUCCUGGGGUGUACAGGUUAAGGGUUCAGAAAUCGAUCAAGUUGUACAGCGCCUCACUUUCACGUUCCUUGAUUGUCAUCCUGCUACAGCAAGCGCAAAUCAAAUCAUGCAGUACAACAAAGGCUAUCGGAAAGAGUACUGGGACCCAGAGGAGUGCUAUAGCACCACAGCCCUACAUGCUGCAAGUCAUUUCGGUCUUGAGAACACCCUUAGAAAAUUGCUCGAUGGGGACAUUCUCCCUAUUGAUGCAAAAACAAAGAUGGGCUCUACACCACUCAUCAAGGCCGCAUCACGUGGACACGUCUCGCUCGUUCGAAUAUUGCUGCAGAAAGGUGCCAAUACGUACUUGAGAACUUGUACGGAACUGCUCUGCAUUGCGCUGCCGAAGCUGGCUAUUCUAACACUAUAA